UCUGGGUUUGCUGGGACCAGAUGUGAGAUUAAAGUCCAGGGUAUGUAAUUUAUUAUUUUUGUUUUUAAUAUCUAAUGUAAAUGCUGUACGCAUUGACAGCUGAACUGACAGCUGAAGAAGAUGUUCUCCAAAACAAAAGGAAUGGCUAAAUAUAAUGAAGGCUCUUUAUGCUUAAAAAAAUCUCAUUCCAUUAUAUAAAUAAUUAUUAAAAUUUAAAAAAAAAAUUAUAAUCAAUGAAUUCCUUGAAGUCAGCUCAUUAAGAAAAAACAAUUAAAAAAGAUUUUUUAAAAUUUUAAAUAAGAGUGAUGUUAUUUAAGGGUGUCAAAAGGUUCUAUAUCCAAUCCAGUUCAGGUAAAAAGAAUUCAUUGAAAUAACCAAUCUAAUUGGUGAUCUAAAUUGAACAUGGUGAGAAUGCUUAUUAUUUGGUUUUAUAAGUUCUACAUGCUACAUAUUUUCAAACAUGAACAGUCAUACUUCAUUGCAGUUACUAAAAUCACACAUAUCUAUCAUGAAUUUUUUUUUUCUUCGCAAUCAGCUGAACUUUGUGACAACUGCUUCUAUGACAACGGACACUAUCAUUCUGGUGUUGUGGGAUAUUGUGAUCUGUUCGUCAACUGCCUCCCUGUUGGUGAAGUUCCUAAAGACAGCCAAACCCGACCAGCAUCAUUCAGUCCCAUUAUUAUGUCUUGUGCCCCUGGAACCUUCUACAUCACCAGGCCCAA